AUGAAUCGAAGGGACACAAAUCUGGCGCUGCGAGGACGAAUUGUCACUUUACGCGACAAUAGCUUCCCGAUACGACCCAUUGCACGUGAUGUUGGUGUGUCCCCCACCACGUGGCCCACCCGCCCCAGGGACCUCGGCGGGCCCAGUGGCCCUCCCACCCCGUUGAACCUCGGCGGGCCCAGUGGCCCGCCCGCCCCCGGGGACCUCGGCGGCCCUGUGCCCGCCCCGCCCCGGGACCUCAGCGGGCCGACUGGCCCGCCCGCCCCGGGGACCUCGGCGGGCCGUUCUGGCCCGCCAGCCCCAGGGACCUUGGCGGGCCGAUGGUGGCCCGCCCGCCCGGGGACCUCCGGGGGGGCCCCAGUGGCCCGCCCGCCCCGGGGACCUCGGCGGGCCCAGUGGCCCGCCCGCCCCAGGGACCUCAGCGGACCGACAGGCCCACCCGCCCCGGGGACCUCGGUUGGCCCAGUGGCCCGCCCGCCCCGGGGACCUCGGCGGGCCCAGUGGCCCGCCCCGCCACGGGGACCUCGGCGGGCCAACUGGCCGCCCCGCCCGCCCCAGGGAGCUCAGUGGGCCCAGUACCCCCCGCCCCGCCCGCCCCGGGGACCCUUGCAGGGCCCAGUGGCCCGCCCGCCCCGGGGACCUCGGCGGGCCCAGUGGCCCGCCCACCCCGGGGACCUUGGCGGGCGGGCCCAGUGGCCCGCCCGCCCGCCCCGGGUACCGCGGCUGGGCGGGACCUGGACCCGCCAGCCCCAGGGACCUCGGCUGGCCCAGCGGGCCCUGCCGCCCCCGGGGACCUCGGCGGGCCGACUGCCCGCCCGCACCGCCCCACCUCGGACUGGGCCGACCAGCCCGCCCGCCCGCCCCGGGGACCUCGGUAGGCCAACUGGCCCGCCUGCCCCGGAAGGGACCUCGAAGGCCCAGUGGCCCGCCCGCCCCGGGACCCUCGGCGGGCCCAGGGUUGGAACCCCCGCCCACCCGCCCCGGGGACUCGGCGGGGCCCCAGUGGGCCCGGCCGGCCGCCCCCGGGGACCUCGGUGGGCCAACUGGCCCCCGCCCGCCCCCGGGGACCUCGGCGGGGCCAUUGCCCCGCCCACCCCGGGGACCCUGGGGACCCCUUCGGAGGGCCCACCAGUGGCCCGCCCGCCCCGGGGACCUCGGCGGGCCCAGUGGCCCACCCGCCGCCCCCGGGGACCAUCGGCGGGCCCAGUGGCCCCCCCGCCCGCCCCGGGGAGGCCUCGGCGGGCCAGUGGCCCGCCCGCCCCGGGGACCUCGGCGGGCCCAGUGGCCCGCCCGCCCUGGGGGACCUCGGCGGCCCACCGGCCCGCCUGCCCCGGGUACCUUCCCCGGGGACGGGCCCAGGGGGCGGCCCGGGACCCACCCCCCCGGGGAACCCUCGGUCGGGCCAGUGGGCCCCGGCCCCCGGGUAUCGGCGGGCCCAGUGGCCCGCCCGCCCCGGGGACCUCGGCGGGCCCCGCCCCACUGACCCACCCGUCGACUGGCCCGCCCGCCCUGGGGACCUCUGCGGGACGACUGGCCCGCCCGCCCCGGGGACGUCAGCGGGCCCAGUGGCCCGCCCGCCCUGGGGACGUCGGCAGGCCCAGUGGCCCGCCCGCCCCGGGGAUCGUCGGCGGGCCCAGUGGCCCGCCUGCCCCGUGGAUCGGGACCUCGGUGGGCCCACCGGGGAGGCACCCGCCCGCCCCGGGGACCUCGGUGGGCCCACCGGCCCGCCCGCCCCGGGUCCCCGGGGGACGGCCCCGACCUCGGCGGGCCCACAGGCCCGCCCGCCCCGGGGACCUCGGUCGGGCCCACCCGCCCGCCCGCCCCGGGGAUCGGUGGCCCACCGGCCCGCCCGCCCCGGGGACCUCGGCGGGCCCGGCUCCCGCCCCUGGACGCUGGGCACCUGCUCCGGCACUUUCCAAUUGUCCUUCGUCAGGCAUCUGUAAUUCCCCUUCAGGUUCUUCCGCUUUGCAAAUCAAUUCUCCUUCGCUCAUCUCGUCUGUCGGGCCUCAUCUCCCCGCUGCUCCUUCAGUUCGGCCUGGACACCAGUCCUUCCUCUCCACCGGAUUGAUUGCCGACCCAUUUCCUUCUUCAAAAAAGCUGCUGUUUUUCCUUCUUCUCUUCAUCGUUCUCCUUCAGCUUCGAGCGGUCGAUCCUCUGUUGCAGCUGAAGAAUUAUCCUGUCCAAGUUCACCUGCUGCUCUCUCUGGCACUAGAUGGUGUCUCGCAAGGCCGCAAUUCUCUCCUUCAGUUCCUUUUCCUUGGGCUGUUCUCCUCCAUCAUCAGUCGUCAGGAGGACCCUCACCAGUGCAUCGGCAUUCAUCGUAAAUAA